GCGCGUGUACGUGUGUCGCCGAGUCCGAGCAGGUAGGUAACAACCGCGACGACGAACAAGUCUCGGGGAACCUUUUGUGGACAACUUGGCGGAGUUUUUGUUGUUUAUUUACGUCGGGACCGGACCGGGAGGCGGAAGAAAGAGAAACAAUCUCCCGCUUUCCUCACGCUGGCUAAGCGAGGAUCACGCGCUAUUGGUGGAGGAGAAGGACUGGGGGGUGAUACUGUGCAUGCGCCUUCUUGGCUCGUUGGCGUGCACGCGCACAGGGUCGAUCGAUGCAAAGGAGAGACCGAGCCCGUCUGGCCUGGCUUUGGCGUGGCUCCCUCCGGCCUCCAUUAUUUGCGACUUUGCCUCGACGAAGCAACAGUUUUAAGGAGUGUUUGCGACCCCUUUCUCUCUCCGACACUCCACCGGCCCACGUUGGCUGACACGGCCGCCACCGAGGCCACGAGGCGGGCCUGCCGGAGCGGAGAGGUGAGGCGUUUGAGGAAACUGCAACUUUCCCAACUUGGAUGAAGUGAAUCCAGUGAUGCCCGCUACACACUCCGAACCUGUAUGCACGGAGAACCAGCGUGAUGAGGAGGGGCUCACAGCUAACGCCCCCCCCUCAGGUCCCGUCACCGCUGUCCCUUCUGCCACGCCUCCUUCUCCCACCACCGCCGUCUCCAUGGCGAGUAACGACGACGGUGUGACGGCCCUACACUCCCCCGCUGAGGCCAGCCCGGCAAAGCCCGCCACGGCGUCGCCCACCGUCUCUGGGACGAGCCCGGCCGGCUCGCACAUCGCCUCUGCGUCGGACUCGGCGGCGUACGCCGUGAGCGUCACGAAAUUGGCGGUUGCGGAUUUCGUCCGCCCGCACCCGGACGACGAGCUCCCCAACACGCUGACGUGCAAAGGCGUGUGCGUGACGCUGGAGAACGGGCGCGUGUGGAAGCAGUUCCACAACUGCGUCACGGAGAUGAUCCUCACCAAACAGGGCCGCCGCAUGUUCCCGUACUGCCGCUACCGACUGGCCGGACUGGACCCGGACCGGCGCUACGGCCUGGUGCUCUCCGUCGUACCGUCGGACAAGUACAAGUACCGCUGGAACUCGCCCAAUUGGGAGGCGGUGGGCCCGGCAGAGCACCAGGCACAGGUUCCGGCGCGGGCUUUUCCUCACCACUACUCGUUGUGUCGCGGCUCAGACCUCAUGGGCGGCAUGAUGUCCUUCUACAAACUCAAAGUGACCAACAACCCCCAAGACCUAGAGGGCCACAUCGUCCUCACCUCCAUGCACCGCUACAUCCCCCAGCUCCACGUCAUCCCCCUUCCCGACGACAUCACACCGCCGCUGGUCAUGGGACCGGAGAGCUUGACGUUCACCUUCCCGCAGACAGAAUUCAUGGCGGUUACCACCUACCAGAAUUUUCUCAUCACCCAGCUGAAAAUCAACCACAAUCCUUUUGCCAAGGGCUUCAGGGAGGACCGGGCCAUACCCCGUUUGGGCGGCACCCUAGCAGAGAUGCUGCAGUUCGUUAUGGUUCCACCUGAGGAACAACAAGAAAGCAAAGCUCUAGAUCAAAGCCCUCCAAGCCCUUAUUCGGCUUCCCUCCCAACUGAGCAAGAGUCCAAACUGGUCCUGAAGCCCAUCACAUUCACCCCCACCGCAAACCACGAGCCAGUCACGCGGUGCAUGCGUGGCAGACAAGCCCUCAAAGAUCUCGUCGUCGUCCCGAAACGUCCGUUGAAGAUGGGUGACGACGACGAUGGCGGCGAGUCACGCAAAAAGCGACUGCACAUCGAGACGCCGAAAACAUCCUGCGUCGGUUCUGUACCUAUCUUGCGGCGGCGCAGCAACAGGAGGGGCCAGUGGACCAGAUUCGCGGGUGGAUGGAAAUCAGCAACCCCCUUGGUCGCAGCACGCGGCACAGCCGCAAUGAGCGUCACCGCGGUGGAUGAAGUCGAGGGCCUCACCUUUUUCUCAUUCGCCACCAGGGAAGCUCUGGAGAGUCAUAUCCGUUCCUCAGCAGCCAGUAAGACUGAACCGGUAUCGCCCAAUUCCUCCUUGACGACUCCCGCUUGGCCAACGGAAACUGAGUCCAUCCUAGAGACCAACGAGGAGAAGAUUGUUCGCCUUGAAGCCAUCUUACUGCAGGACCUCAAAGUGGCCAAGCACAGACAGGUGAUCCACCCUGUGCUGCAGGAGGUUGGCUUGAAGUUGAGUUCGCUGGACGUAAGCAUGCCCGUUGACCUGCGCUACCUGGGUGUUUGCCUGCCGCUGCCACCCCUCAACCUGCCAACACAGCACCAUGAAAGUGAGGGAUUGCCUUUCAUUUCCCGAACAGGAAAAACAAGUGACAUGACCAAAAUUAAGGGUUGGAAGAACAAGUUUGUUCAAAGCAAGCAGCCAAGCGAUGGCUCCCAGAAGAAUCUGUCAGCCUUCUGCAGCAACAUGCUGGACGAGUACCUGGAGAGCGAGGCCCAGCAGAUCAGCGAGCGCGCGGCUGCCUUCUCCGCCGGCCCCGAGGCCGCCGUGGCCUACCAGCUGCCCGCCAAGAGCGCCAGCUAUGUGAAGACGCUGGACAGUGCCCUCAAGCACCGCAAGAGCGCCGCCGCCGCCUUUAACAACAGGCCCUGUCCGCUCUCCUUUAAGCCGCUGCUCUAUGCCGCCUUGACAUCCCCGGCUCCACACCUGCCGGGAAAUGCGACCACGGCCGCUUGUAGUGCUUCUAGUCCACACAGACCGGCGCAGGCUUCCGGGCUCAAGACUGCCAUCAGAUCAUCCACCCCACCCAAAGUCCAGCAGAAACUGUUGGAGAUGGAGGACGAUGUCGUCAGCCAGGGUCGCUCCCGAACGCAUCUGACGUCAGCUAGAGUGUCUGCGUCUCUAGCUGUGAUGGUGACUGAAGAGACGCCACACCACCAGGCUCAGGAAUCCCCCCCGCAUCCGCCGAGGAAGGUGGCAGGACCAGAAUGCGACCAAGAGUUCUGCCGACUGGGCUGUGUGUGCGUCAGCCUCCGUUAUCCUAUCGUGCGCCCGCUCCACUGCCGGCGGCCUGAAUGCAUGUUCGACUGCGCCUGCUCCAACCAGGCAACGCAAGAUGGUGAGCAACAGGAUGAAGGGACUAGUGAGCACAAGCCCCGUUCCAGCUCGCAGUCCAAUAAACUGUGGAAUCGCAACAUUUUUGAUAUAGAUCCAGAUCCGGUGUUUCUCCCCAAAAGCCAAUGUGCCACCCAUGUAAAGUCGCACAAGUCAUAUGCAGCACCUCUCAGGAAACAGAUUAAAGAAGAGGACAAGGAUCCGGUGUACAAGUACCUGGAGAGCUUCAUGACGUGCGCGCGGGUGCGUGCGUUCAACAGCAAACCGCCGUCUCAGCACGCCCUCGAGCCCAAUUACGUUCCCACGCCAAGCAUUGACUACAGGGACCGGGAUCGACCCGCAGUAUCCAAAGAGAAGCUGGUUAAAAAACAAAUCGAGAUCCAGUCUGUAUGUCGCUGGGGGGAAGAUCGAGAGAGGGUUCUGGAGACGUUGUGUACACGCCUGAAUCAGGAUAAUAUGUCGGAGCCCUUCACCAUCGGACCAUAUUACAUCCGGCCUAUCACCAAGAUCUUUAUCCACAAGCCAAGCGGGUCCAACCUUACCUAUAGGGUACGCAUCAGUCGACCGGGAAAGGUCGGCGCUGGGGAGGAAGAGCUGGACCCGACAGAGGAGUACAUGCGGCGCUCCGGGGUCAAGCCCUUCCUGGGUGGUGUGUUGCCCGCCGGUCUGAUGGUGGCUAAAACCAAACCACUUAGCAACCAGGCUUGUGAACUCAUACAGGUGAAUGGCAAAACCUAUAACCAUGUUAACCUGUUGCUAGGCAGCAUGGGCUCACUGCACCCGGCCAACCGGCUGGCGGCGUACGCCACGGGCAGGCUGCAGCCUCGCGCUGACCUCGCUCGCAGGGUGGACCGCGCCGCCGUGUGCAAAGUCGACACCAAACCUACCAAUCAAAACUUGAAGGCUGCCAGCAGAUUGCUGCCCCUGGUGGUGUCGGCGAAGAACAGCACCGAUGUCAAGACUCAUCCGCUCUUUCAAUUGCUAAAGCAGCAGAGUGUGAACAAAGACACCAAAAGUUCAACGUUGGGGCAGCCUCGCCCUCUCGCCCCCAUCAACCUCUUCCAGCGGUUGGCGCGCUCGCCCGUCUCGCUCACAGUGUCGCCCUCGCUGAAGACGCCCAGCUUCUUGCGCCAGCACGGCACCUACGCCUUCAGAAUCUGCCCGCCUUCCAGUCUGAGCGAGAAGGAAACGAACCGGCCCAGCAUCACCCUGCCAGGGGGCUUUACCCUCAUUCAGAUACCCAAGCCGGAGACGCCGAAAGACUCCGAAAGUAAUGUACCUCAGGAGGUGACGUCGAACGGGAAUGUGCCGGCGGGCAUUAAUGGGACCGGGGCGAUGAAGGACGAGCACCUGAGUUGUUCUUCAGAAGAUUCUGACUCCAGCUCCCCUGACUGCAGCGCCGACCACGACAGUGACGUGGACUGCAUUGUGGACAUUGAGACCGUCGAGGAGGUCAAACAGGAAAUGGCCAUUGCGAAACUAAAGGAAUUUGCCCAAAAAGUAACACCCGUACUGUGCACGGGCAAACCGGGCGACUGCAGCACGAGGAAGCGCAAGAACCACUCUGUGAUCGAGAAGCAACGCCGCUUCGAGCACCGCGCGCUUUUUGACGAGCUGCAGAACGUCCUCGGCCAACAGGGCGGUUCCAGGCUACACCUUCUCUCACUGGUUGGUUUCAGGGCUUUGAAGGAAAUCCACUCGCUGAGGACCAUGUCCAACGAUUUGUUGGAGAGGAAGAAGAAGCUGGUCCAGAUCCAGGCGCUGCAUGUGAAGAAGUUGUCCAACCUGUCUGGGAAACCUGAGGAACUGAUCAAACGCUAUUUGAACGUCAUUUUCACUAGCUUAAAGGGCAAAGGUGGCUCCAAAGCAGAGUCUGGCUUGAUGUGUCUGUACCAGUCCAAUGGGGAACCUACCAAUGAUGCAACCAAACCCCUGCCACCAAAGCCAUCCCCGCCGGUCCUUCCACUCGCGCUGCCCCCGCUGCCCGUAAUACCAAAACGCCAGCCUGAAGCCCCGUCAGUUCCGCCUCCUGCGUCCCACAACCACGUCCAACAGAAGAAAUCGCCACCUCCUCUGAAUCCCCACCAUGCAGCACUCCCUGCGGCACCAACUCCACCCACCAAGGAGAUGGUGACCCAACCCGCACAACAAUUUGCCGUCCCUCUGGUUCGCUCCAAGACCGGCAGACUCAUCCUGCCAUCGUCGAUGAAACCUGCAGGCCAAGGGAUCUACACGCUCAUGCUCAUGAACCCCAAUCAGGACGCGGACGUUAACAUCCAGUCUGGCAACGCCAACUCGACCGUCCUCCAGGACCAAGCGUCACCUCCGGACGCAGCGAGGCCCGUAGACCAGGACAGACCCAGACGAAAGGGGGCCCCCGCCAACAGGCUCCAAGGUUUGCCGACGGCGGUCAUUGGGAAGCAGGUGUCACCCCGCCCCGGUUCGAGCCGACUCGUCGCACAUCGUCCGAGAGGAAGACCUCCAAAAGGGAAAGCAAAAUCAGACGAGGACCAACCGUUCACCCUGAAAAGGAACAGUAAGAGCCAGGCAAUCAGGCGCAGGCCAGGACGGCCCCGCAAAAGCCAGACCUUCAGAUACUCCUCGGGGGACGCCGGCAGUGGUGGGGCGUCGCGGCCUCGGACGCGAGGCUCUCUGGGUAAGGACUUCCCCAGCGCCAAGCGGCAGUCCUGGAUCGACAUGGAGAUGGAGAUGGAGAUGGACCCUGACUCGGACUCCGAAUAAGACAAAUGUGACGAUAACCCCAGGCCGUGUUGCUGUGAAACCACAGCAGAUGUGCUCGAGUGGUUAGGGUUAGGUCUUCAAAGUGGCAGGAACAUUUCUGGUAAAGUAACAUGGAAGGUUAAAAAAAAAAUACUUUAUUCCAAAUUGGAAUCUUGAGAAAUAUUGGGAAAUAACUGGGAAUUGAGGUUUCAUAUUCAAACGUAAAAGUCAACAUUUUAUUUUGUCAUAAGCUGACAUCCAUGCAAAAUGCAAAAUCUCCUUGCCCUCAUACGAGGGCAUUACAGUACUUCAAUUGCUCCCUUUUUAUUUUUUUCUUCUUUUACCUCCCCACAUCACUUGAGCGGUGGCGUAUUUUAAGAUUGCUCCUAUACCUCAAAUUUAGGCUCGCAACACAAAGCAAAAAUUUGACCAAGGAACUGCUUCUAUCUCAAAUUAAUGUUUUUGCAUGAACUUGUCAGGAUUAUGCUACAGUGGAAAUCUACAUUGUAAUUUCCCUCUGAAGAGCCAGCCUUCCGUUUGAUGAAUUUUCUUUUAUUCCUGCUGAUUCUGAUGGAAAGUUACCAACUUUGAGAUUUCACUGAAUCGUGUAACCCUUGUUUGUGUAAAUGAGGACCACUGUGAAUACUCUAUGCUGCUCCCUGGUCUCACUUAAUCAGGAUGUUUUGGUACCAAGACACCAGGGAGCAUUAGUUGACCUGCUGAAUGUAGCUUGAUUAAAAAAAAAGUGUGAUGGCUUCUACAACCUCUUAUGAAUUUUUUGUUCGUUUGUUGUUUUUCAUUUACGGGUCAAUUAAAAAAAAAAAACAUUUGUAAAUGUGAAUAACUGUAUUUUAACACUACUAAUAUGAGUUUUUUUAAUUGACCUUUUUUUUUUGUUCCUUUGGCCUGUCGAAAAAAAUGUUUGUUAGCAGCACUUUGUUUUUGAUAGGAAAGGAAUUGAAUCAGUUGACUACAAAAUGUUGGGCAAUAUAAA